AUGUGGAGAAUAAGUAAAAAAUUAAUAAAUAAUUCCGGUUCCAUUGUCAAGGAUCUGUCGUCAAAGACAGCCGCCAUAACAGCAGUUCAAACGCGCAGCAAUUCACAGGGUACUGUUCCAGUACCAGAAGUCCCUUCAUCGGCAGAUGUUGUCAUUAUUGGUGGUGGUUCAGCGGGUUGUCAUACCUUAUAUCACUUGGCCAAACGUGGUGUGAAGGCGGUGCUCCUCGAAAGAGCAAAACUGACAGCCGGUACAACAUGGCAUACAGCCGGCUUGGUGUGGCGUCUGCGACCCAACGAUGUUGAUAUUCAGUUAUUGGCCAAUUCUCGCAACAUGUUAAUGCAGUUGGAGGAGGAGACGGGUUUAGAUCCUGGCUGGAUUCAAAAUGGCGGUGUAUUUAUAGCCCAUUCAGAUACCCGCUUGGAUGAAUAUAGACGUUUGGCCACCGUUGGCAAUGCUUUGGGUAUUGAAAACUACAUUUUAUCCCCAGAAGAAACCCAGAAAGUAUUCCCCCUAUUGGAUCCCAAGGCAUUCAUUGGUGCCCUCUAUUCUCCCGGUGAUGGUGUUGUAGAUCCUGCCAUGUUAUGUACCGCUUUGACAAGGGCCGCCACCAAAAAUGGUGCAAGAGUUGUGGAAAACUGUUCCGUCGAGGAUUUGGUGGUGGAAGAAACUGGCAAAGGUAAAAAGGUGGUGGGUGUGAAGACCCCUUAUGGUACCAUAAAAACCGAAAAAGUUGUCAAUGCCACCGGUGUAUGGGGUCGUGACUUAAUCGAGAAGCAUGGUUCCUUCCUACCUCUCAUCCCAAUGAAACAUGCCUAUAUUGUAUCGGAAUCUAUACCUGGUGUAAGGGGUCUACCCAAUAUUAGAGAUCAUGAUUAUUCCACAUAUUUCCGUAUACAAGGUGAUGCCAUUUGUAUGGGUGGUUAUGAACCGAAUCCGAUUCUUUUGGAUCCUGUGGCAAAAGAUUUCCAUUUCGGUUUGUAUGAUUUGGAUUGGUCGGUGUUCGAUACACAUUUAAAUGGUGCCGUAAAACUGUGUCCCACCUAUGCCAAUUACGGCGUGAAGAGUACCGUGUGUGGUCCUGAGUCCUUUACACCCGAUCACAAGCCAUUGAUGGGUCCUGAUACUGUCAUAUCGGGUUUGUACCAUAAUUGUGGCUUCAAUUCGGCCGGCAUGAUGUUCGGUGGUGGCUGUGGUGAGCAGACCGCUCUGUGGAUUCUAAAUGGUAAACCCGAUUUGCCAAUGUUCGGUUUUGAUUUGCGUCGUUUCACCGAUAGCCAAAGUCGUGCCACGCAGUGGAUUAAUGAAAAGUCUCAUGAAAGUUAUGUGAAAAAUUACAGUAUGGUUUUCAAAUAUGAUCAACCAUUGGCGGGACGUGAUUUCCAAAAGGAUCCGCUGCAUGAUGAUAUGAUGGCCGCCAAUGCCUUUAUGGAAGAGAAGCAGGGUUGGGAGAGGCCAGGAUUCUUUUUGAAAGAAUCUGCACCGGUCCAGAAGUACGAUUGGUAUGGCAGUUAUGGUAAUGCCCGUCACAACGAUUGUGCCUACGAACGGGUGCUGGAGGGUGAUUUGAAAUAUAACAGUUUUUCGGAUUAUCACAAUUUGAUCGGUGAAGAAGCUAUGGCCUGCCGCAAUAAUGCCGUUGUCUUCAAUAUGAGCUACUUCUGCAAACUCUUUUUGGAGGGUCCUGAUGCCCAAAAGGCCGCCGAUUGGAUAUUUACCAGCAACACUAAUCGUGAUCCUAAGAAAACCGUCUAUACCUGCGCCCUGAAUGACGCCGGUGGCGUUGAGGCUGAUGUUACCAUUUCUCGUUUGAAUUCCGGCUCGGGAGCAGUGCAUGAUCCCAAAUUUGAGGGACAAGGUUUUUAUAUUGUGGCCGGUGGCGCUUCGGCCUACUACACCUACACCAUGAUGAAGGAUGAAAUACGUCGUCAGGGAUUUAAUGCCACCGUUCGUGAUGUUACUGCCGAUAUGGGUGUUAUCUCGAUACAAGGACCCAAAUCACGGGAGAUCCUCCAAAAGCUGGUCAACUGUGAACUGAGUGAUGAAAAUAUUCCACCAAAUAGCACGGUGUUGGCAAAGUGCAAAGACGCCGUCAACAAUUCCACCGAGUACGGUGUGCGAUUGUUACGGGUCAGUUUCGUCGGCGAAUUGGGUUAUGAGUUGCAUGUACCCAAGGAGUAUUGUUCCCAGGUCUAUCGUUCUCUCAUGAAGUUGGGCGAACCCAAUGAUUUACGCAAUGCCGGUUAUCGUGCCCUCUACUCGUUGAGCAGUGAAAAAGGUUAUCAUUUAUGGAGUUUCGAUUUACGUCCCGAUGAUACACCCUUGGAAGCGGGAUUAGGUUUUACUUGUCGCAAGGAGGGUAACUAUAAGGGCAAGGAAGCCAUUGAUCGACAACGCCAGGAGGGUGUGAAGAAACGUUUAGUCUACUUGACAUUGGACGAUCAAGUACCCAUUUGGGGUUUGGAAGGUGUUUAUCGUAAUGGUGAACCGGUUGGUUUCUUGCGCAGGGCGGAAUAUGCCUACUAUUUGGGUAAACCCUUGGGUCAGACAUAUAUCUCUAAGCCUGAUGGUGGUAUUAUCGAUGUGGAUUAUAUUAAAUCGGGUGAAUAUGAAAUUGAUAUUAUGGGUAAACGCUACAAGGCUAAGGCUCAUUUGAGAAGUCCCUUCGAUUUGGAGGGUAAACGGGUGUUGGGUAUUUAUUAAGAGGAAG